GGGCGUGGCCCUAUUAUGGUCGAUCUUGACUGCCCCUGGGAUGCCACAACUCUCGACCAGUGCAGCCAAACAGGAUGGAGCCAAAACCCUCCACGAGUCUGUAAUCACGACGCAGAUGUGGGCGUGGCAUGUAGAACCAUCCCACCAGAAGACGUCCCUGUGCGCCUGAUAGGAGGGACUGGACCCAACGAGGGGCGUGUCCAGGUACGACAUGAUGGACAAUGGGGCACAGUUUGUAACCAGGACUGGGACCCGAGGGACGCAGCUGUCAUUUGUCAGCAACUGGGCUAUAGUUAUGGCGGAGAGGCAAUGAUGUGGCCGGCCGGAUAUAAUUUCGGGGCCCGACCCCCAGGGCCUAUUUGGCUAAAUGAAUUGAGUUGUGGUGGCAAAGAGCCUCGCCUUGGGGAGUGUCCAGGCCUUGUUUGGGGCGAGGACGCCCACCACUGCCGUACAAUCUUCAUGGACGCCUCCGUCCGCUGUUACACAGAAAAUAUUCCAGAUUUCCAGAUUCGACUUGUUGGCGGUGAAAACAACCAGACCGGACGUGUAAACAUUUAUCAAGGGGGUCGUUGGUGGGACGUAUGUGGUGAUUGGUGGGCCGAUGAUGACGCCAGCGCCGUCUGUCGGACUUUAGGAUAUAGGAAAGGAAAUGCGACUUACAAGCAGUAUAACACAGGAAGGCUGGACGGGUUUGGGUGGGACAUGGUCUACUGUGCCCCUGGGACCACUGAUUUCCGUCACUGCUUUCACCGGGGAUGGGGCAGACACACUUGUUAUUGGUACGAGGUGGCGGGCGUGGUCUGUGAGUAAUAACAAGCAAUAGCCAGGACCAUCAGAAGGAAGUUGACAGGUGUAAUGCUGUCAAUGUAGACUUAAUGGACAAGACAGUAAACUUUAGUAUGGUGUGAAUUCAUUUGAGACUCG